UGACAGAAUCAUAGUUAAUUCGUUCCAACAUGGAGAAAUUUCACGGCUAGCCUGCGAGCUAGCUAAGUAGAUGAACAUGAACAUUGAGAAAGACCUUGGUGGAUUGUACUCUACAUAGGAAAUGAAGUGUUCCGUAAUAUAGAUAAGAUAUCGGAAAAAAUAUGUUUCGUUUAAGAGUAAAUAUUAUGGGAUCGUCGUCUUCACAAAAGCUGUGUAUCCUGUACCUGCUACACCUGGGACAGAGAAUCCCUCAAUGUUUUCAACUGCCAUGGGUGAGACCUUACCUCAGACUAGGAACUAUCUGUAGUGUCACCACUGGACCUGAUUCAGCCACUCCUUGUAGUAUCUCUACCAUUGACCGUAUUGGACCUGAUUCAGCCACUCCUCCUACUCUGAAUACAUCAACCACAGACAGUAGCCAGCAGACAGCAACUACAGUCAGUAGCCCUGAGUCUGGCUCUGGCCCCAGUACCUCUGACUCCCCUCCUGCCAAGGCCAAUGGCCCUCCACCCACUCCCACCCACUGCUGUAUGAGCGGCUGUCAUAACUGUGUAUGGAUCGAGCACACAGAACAGCUCCUAGCAAACUACCAUAAUGGAGGGUUGGGGAUAGAAAAGGCCCUGGCUGCUAUUGAGGAGAACGUCCCGGAUGAGAACCUAAAAGCCUUCCUAAAGAUGGAGAUCAGGAUGAUGAAGAAGUCGAGUUUUUAAGUAUGGCUUUGUGCGGCAGUGAGUGAGAGGGAAUGGGGACAUUGAGGGCAUUUUUAUACUGUAUGCACUUUAAAAUCACUCACUCAGAUUUGAAUACUGGUGUGCAUUUUAUCGUAUGAGUUUGUCAAACUGUCAUUUUACUUGUUCAAGUACAUUUUAACUAGCUUUUGUCAUUAUAAAAUCUUCUUACUUACUAUAGAUUAGGUAUUUUACAUGAGUAGCAUAAAUCAUGUAUUAUCGUUUUAUGUACAGUUGAAGUCGGAAGUUUACAUACACCUUAGCCAAAUACAUUUAAACUCAGUUUUUCACAAUUUCUGACA